AUGUGGAGGACACGGUCAAGGUGGUUUGAUGGCCUGAACGAAGCCAAGAGAUUGAUCGAAGCGGAACCAUCUAAAGGAGGCUGGGAGUCCGCGGAUAUCAAGCUCCGGAUGCCAACCCAGAGCAAAACACACGGAGUCACCAAGCUAGGCCUACAGAGAAAUGGAUCGGGAUUGGUUUAA